AUUUUAUCGAUAGAACUUAUUGUUUCAAUGCCAAUACUAUUCUUUAGUGAUAUUCCGACUAAUAAUUAUUGAAAUAGAACAUGAGAACCUUAUUGAUCAUAGUAUUGUUAGGAUAUUUCGCUAUAUCCAAAGAGAUUCAGCUACAAACAAAAAGUGUAAGGGAAGACUCAUGUAUAAUAUGCCUGCUGAUCACGAACACUUUGACAGACUUAUUAAGAAAGAACUACACAACAGAACUAGAAGACUUCCUCAAACCUUUAUGCUAUUCAAGUUCCAUUGAAACAGAGAAAAAAUGUGUCGAAAUUUUGGAUAAUAUUAUUCAACUUGCAGCACACUUCGUUCAAAACGGUGAUGAACUAUCACCAAUUUGCUAUAUAACAAGAAUUUGUAGUGCCUGAUUAUCUUUGUUAGAUUUCGGAGAAUAAAAAUGUAGAAGGAAAAA